CGACUGAGACGGCGAAUGAAUGUUUCGGUAAAAGGGCUACGAGAGGUCGCUGCUGUUGUUGAAGAAGCCGACGCCAUUUUUCAACAUAUAAGCUUGGCACAGCGCUCACUGGGACAAGGCGACAGCAACUUACUGGAUCUACGACGCUGCUGCUUCACCAAUUCAAGAUAAAAAUUAACAUUUCCGAACGUUCCUUGCUGUCGUCGCUCGACGAAACAUAUCUUCUUCAAGUCGUCGCGUCUAUUUUCGAAAUUGAAACUUAGGCCUCUCAAGUGUUAGGUGCAAAGAUCAGGUACAGGAUCAAGGCUGGAUUUUUUUGCAAAAAAAAAAGAGAAAAAAUAAAAUAAACAUGAGAAAGUGCUGCGGUUGAACUUUUGUUUUCCUCAUCUUUGCUGAAUUUCAUUGUCACUUACCACUUUGCUGCUUGGUCGUCUAAAUUCGCGUCGUCUUCUUAAUCGCAUCAUACCUUUUAAACAAGUGACACACAAUAACGAAGAAAGAAGGUUGUCGAGUUUCUGUAAAAAAAGAUACACGAGCCGGCCUGGGCCACCUACAAAAUGAGCGUUAUAAUUAGGCUGCAGAAUCUGGCGUGGUCCGCCAAUGCCCUCGACAUCCGGCAGUUCUUCCGUGGACUCAGUAUACCGGAAGGCGGCGUACACAUCGUUGGUGGCGAGUUGGGCGAUGCUUUCAUAGCCUUUAGCACAGACGAGGAUGCGCGUCAGGCUAUGAUGCAGGAUGGCGGCAAGAUCAAGGAAAUGAAGAUAAAACUGCUACUGAGCUCGCGCACGGAGAUGCAAAAGGUGAUAGAGGCCGCGCGGCAACAGACCCUUAACCUUCAGAAUGCAUUUAUGCAAUCGGCGGCGCCGGUGGCGGUCGCACCCACACCACCGACAAUAAGCAAACCAGGUGGCCCGAACGACAACAACGGUGGCAACAACCGUAGCAGAGAUCGGGACCACGACAGCGACAACGGGAAGGAUCGCAAGGACCGCAGGAGCGACAGGUCGCGAUCGCGCGAUAGGUCUAGGUCCCGCGACCGCGAUCGCGACCGAGACCGUGACCGCGAUCGUCGCGACAGGGACCGGGGCGGCAGGGACAGGCGGGGGGGCGGUCGCCGAGACAGAAGCCGCUCGCGCGAUCGGGAGCGCGACCGCAGGGACCGCAGGCGUAGACGCGACAGGUCGCGAUCGCGCGACCGUACGCGCUCGCGCGAUCGUGACAUGAAGCGCGGCGGUCCCGAUCGCCGCAAGGACAACAGCUCGAUGGAGGAUGACUCGGGCAACGACGUCGUCUGCGUCGGUCAAUUCACCAAGGAUAAGGUUGGCGGUGGCAAGAAACCCGGCUUGUCGGAGAACGGCGUCUGGGAGGUUCCACCGCAGAAUCAGAUGCAGGCCGUCCUCGUGCCCGGUCUUCUAAACGCCGUGGCUGCCUCGGUUAUGCCCUCGCAGGACGGGGAGCAGCGGACCGGGCCGUUCAGCCUCGGCCAGGGCUCGAUGCUACCAUCGGCCCCGUACGGCCUUAACGGCCUCAACGGCGUCGGCGGUAUGCUCGCGUCUCAAAUUUCUCCCCUCGGUCAUUCAAUGGCCAAUCCACUGUCCUCGGCCCUGGGCGGCUCCCUAACCGGCGGCCCCAACAAUAUGAACAGUCGCAAUAAUCGCGAGCCUUGGAACGAUAGGAUGGACGGCAACAGAUACCAAUCAAGAUCGAGCCCCUUCGGCCAGGACUCGAGCUUCGGCUCCAACAAUGGCAAUUCCGGCCUGGGUAGCUUCAGGCCGGGCAUGAAACCACCGCCGAAUAAUCUUUUCCUUAGUAAAGUACAGGAAUUGGAUAGUCGUAGGAAUCCGCACGCCUUUCAAGCAUCCUCCCAUCGACCGUUCGAGAACGGACCCGAUCGACAGCAGGGCUCCUCGAGGAUGGACAGAGACAAUCGCGAGGGCCGUGACAAUCGGGACAGAGACAAUAGAGACACGAGAGACAGGGGAUCCGGGAAUUCGCGUUUCGCCAAGGAUAAGUCGCAGACUGGAUACUGCGUUGAAGUGCGAAAUAUGCCGUUGAACGCGAGUUACAGCGACGUGCGGCACGCGUUCCAGGGUAUUUACAUAAGGAACGACGGGAUAAAAUUGAUUACCGACACGCAAGGUAAUCGCGUGGGCAUCGCCUACGUCAAGUUUGGCAGCUUCGAGAAUAAGGAGCAGGCGCUGAAGGGUACGAAGUACGUACGCGGCUCUGAGGUCGAGGUACUACACCUGGAGGAAGCGAUAUUCGACAAAACGAACGACUCGUUCGGCGUGUCGGAUAAGUCGAGGCAGGACAAGAUAGACGACGUGGAGAUGGACAUUAGCCCAACGCCGUCCAGCUGCGUUUUGGUCUCGGAUCUGCCGUCCUUCGUGAAGGAGAUGGACAUCGCCAAGCUCUUCCAAGAUUGGAAGAUCAACGAUCUAUUCAUAACGAGCAAGAAGGAGUCGAGCGGCACGCAGUACUACGCGUACGUGCAAUUCGCGAGGCUCGACGACGCGAAGCUCGCGCAGUCCAAGUCGCUGAAGAUGGGCUCGAAGUCGGUGACGGUGACAUCGAUAGCCGAGGAGAAAUUCGAGCAGGCAAAGGGCGAUCACGAGCAGAUGAGCAACAGCAGCGUAAGCGGUGGCACGGGCGACAACGGCGCGAGUUUCGAUUGCAUAAUAAUGCGCGGCCUGCCCUACCAGACGAUCGACCGCGACAUUCUCGACUUCUUUUCCGAUAUUGGCAUCGUGCCUCACCGCAUCCACAUGCUGCUCAAUCAGAGCGGCAAGCCGGCCGGCGAGUGCUUCUGCGAAUUCGACUCGUGCGAGGAGGCGGUGCGAGCCACCGCCAAGAACGGCCUGCCCCUCGGGAAGAACAUCCCGACGAUCGAGCUCGUUAAUAGGAACAAGAUGCUGGAGACCCUCGGUCUCGUAGACAGUAAUAAAAUGCUGGAUGGACACCAGCAGCACUUUGCGCACUUGCAGGACCCGAGGCCACGAUUCUCACCCAUGCACCAUCCGCCCCGAUUCGCGGGCGUCGGCAAUGCGUUCGGCAUGAGGGGGCCACCGAUGCUCGGCAUGCCCCCGCGGCACAUGAUGGGCCGGCAUCCGCCCGUAGCCCCGGCCUCCUUGGAGGGCUUCGGCAAGCCCGGCUGCGUCGUCUCCUUGGAGAACGUGCCCUUUAAGGCCGAUAUCGACGAGAUAAUCGACUUCUUCGCGGACUUCACCGUGCUGCGCGAACACGUCAUCAGAAGGUACAACGACAAAGGGAUGCCGACCGGUGACGCGAGGGUGGCCUUCUCGUCGCCCGCUGAGGCGCAGAGGGCACUCCGUGAAUUGAGAAACCAGAAGAUGAGGGAUCGAACGAUCUAUAUGAAGAUCGCUUGAGAGCGGUACGAGGUGCAGAGAAAUCAUUGUGAUGCCGACGUGUCCAUUGCUCGGGACGUACCCGAGUAAAUGGGACACCGAGUGCGACCGCCGUCGUAUGUUCGCGCGAGCCUUGGGGGCCACGA